AUGAGAAACCACACAGUGAUAACAACAUUCAUUAUUCUGGGACUGACUGAAGAUCCUCAGCUUCAGGUUUUGCUUUUUAUUUUUCUACUUACCACCUAUACGUUGAGUGUAACUGGAAAUCUGAUGAUCAUUUUCCUCACCAUGGUGGAUCUUCACCUUAAAACUCCCAUGUAUUUUUUCCUCCAAAAUUUCUCUUUCUUAGAAAUCUCAUUUACGACUGCAUCUAUUCCAAGAUUCCUAUAUAGUAUAUCAACUGGGGACAGAACGAUUUCCUAUAAUGCAUGUGCUGUUCAAUUAUUUUUUACAUAUCUUUUUGGGGUAACUGAAUUCUUUCUUCUGGCAGCUAUGUCAUAUGACCGUUAUGUGGCCAUAUGCAAACCCUUGCACUACAUGACGAUUAUGAGCAACAGGGUAUGCAAAACAAUGAUUAUCUGUUGUUGGGUUGCUACAUUUGUGAUUAUCCUCCCACCAGUAAGUUUAGUUUUUACUCUGGAAUUCUGCAACUCUAAUGUCAUUGACCAUUUUGGCUGUGAUGUAACUCCUAUCCUGAAAAUAUCCUGCUCAGAUACGUGGCUAAUUGAACAAAUGGUUAUAGCCUGUGCUGUGUUAAUCUUCAUCAUCACUUUUGUAUGUGUGGUUCUCUCCUAUAUACAUAUCAUCAGGACAAUUCUAAAAUUCUCUUCUCAGCAAAGGAUAAAAGCCUUUUCCACCUGCUCCUCACACCUGAUUGUUGUUUCCAUCACCUACAGCAGCUGCAUCUUCAUCUAUAUCAAACCAUCAGCAAAAGACGAGGUAAAAAUUAAUAAAGGUGUGUCCGUGCUUGUUUCUUCCAUAUCGCCCAUGUUGAAUCCUUUCAUAUAUACUCUGAGAAACAAGCAAGUUAAACAAGCCUUUAAUGACUCACUCAAAAAAAUUACAUUUUUCUUAAAGAAGUAA